CUGCCUCCGCGAGUCCGCCAGGAGAGAGUCGGCAGUUCGCGCCUUGACCCCGCGGCGACCAGACGCCAUGACGUGCUACCUGCUGGUGCUGCUGGCCGCGCUGCUGCCCGCCGCCGCGCCCGCCAGGGUCCUGUGCUACUACGACAGCCGCUCGCACUACAGAGCAGGCGCGGCCAAGUUCCAAGUGCAGGACAUCGAGCCGAGCCUGACCUACUGCACGCACCUUGUGUACGGCUAUGCCGUACUGGAUGCCACCAGCUACAAGCUUACACCACAGGACGAACAGCUGGAAACAGUGCCAACCACGGGCAACUUCCUCGCCAUCACCGGCCUCAAGAAGCGAUUCCCUGGUCUGCACGUGAUGCUAUCUGUCGGCUGUCACAGUGACCUACAUGACCAUGAGAAGUACCUCACGCUGCUCGAGUCUGAAGACAAUCGCAAGGCUUUUGUCGGCUCUGCGCGCACAUUGCUGCGUCAGUACGGAUUUGAUGGUCUGGAUCUGUGCUGGCAGUUCCCUCCUAAGCCAGUGAAGAAGGAUCGAGGGGCAUUAGGAUCUAUUUGGCACGGACUUAAGAAGACACUUGGCUACGCACACAGCCAUAAGGAUGAGAAAGAAGAAGAACAUCGAGACGGGUUUUCUUCGCUGGUGGAAGAACUGAAGAAGGUGCUGAAGCCUGAUGGCUUACUGCUCACCGCCACUGCAUUGACAAACACCAACGCGCAGGCCUACUUGGACACGGCCAAGAUCAGCCAGCACCUGGACGCCAUAGUCGUGAUGGCGUUCGACUACAAGAGCCCGGAGGCGGGGCGCAGCGAGAAGGAGGCCGACUACCCGGCGCCGCUGUACCCGGCGGGCGGGCGGCCGCUCAACGACACCGUGGACGGCAGCGUGCGGGCGUGGCUCGAGAAGGGCGUGCCAAGUAGCAAGCUGAUCUUGGGGAUGCCGACGUACGGCCGCACGUGGAAGCUGACGAGCGAGAGCCAGAUCUCCGGCGUGCCGCCCCUCACCGCCGACGGGCCGGGACCCGAGGGGCCGCAGACCAAGAUGGCGGGGCUGCUGGCGUACCCCGAGAUCUGCCCCUUGGUGGGGGGCAGUCCGCGCGACAAGACCCACCUGCGCCUGGUCACCGACCCGUCCCGCCGGCUCGGCACCUACGCCUUCCGCCUGCCGGACGCAGGCUCCGACGAGGGCGGCCUGUGGGUGGGCUACGAGGACCCCGACACAGCCGGCCUCAAGGCCACCUACGCCAAGCAGAAGGGCCUGGGCGGCAUCGCCGUCUUCGACCUGACCCUCGACGACUUCAGGGGCGUGUGCAGCGGCGACAAGUUCCCCAUUCUCAAGUCCGCCAAGAGUAAGCUGGCAUAGUCGCGUGGCGGCGUGACGUUCAAAUAAGAAAAAAAAAAGUCUUCAACAAAUCUAUACAUAUAUUAAUUCAAUAUUAAUAUUGCAGUUUUUGUACUUUUUAUUAUUUGUUAUAUGAAUGGACUUAACAUACUCACCCGUUUGUUAAAUUAUAGUUGCUAGCCCAGCCAACUGCUAAUGGAAUGUGCUACAAGAUUUCUGAAUUAUACUUAUUCGUGCUUGUAAAGUGAAUUGACAAAUCAUUAUUGUUUGAUUAUUAAUAUAAAAUAAUUGUAGUUUUCUAGACGUAAUAAAUAUAGUUCUUACAAA